UGUUGUUGCCCUUUCUACCCAUGAUGCAUCCCUCUCUGCUCCCCCUCUACCCAUGAUGCACUGAGGCAGCCAUGUCUCAGCCGGGGAAAGUGCUGCACCUGUACGUGGAGGUGAGGGCCAAUGCCGCAAAGCAGGAUGGGAAGGAGGAGGACUCCAUCACCACCACGGAGUCCGUUGUCACGGCCGAGGAGGUCGCCAAGGAGAUGCUCGGUCACCUGGCCAACGCUGCAUCCUCUGUUGUUGCUGCCGGUAACAAAAAAACCUCGACGUCGCCGUCACCGUCCCCAUCCUCCUCCUCCUGCUCGACCUCCUCGUCCUCUUACUCCACAGUCAAGCCUCGGCACCCGCCCCCCAACAACCCCAAAAUGGUGUCUGGGUACCAGCUGCAUCAGCGUUCGGGUGGUGACACCCCCUGUAACACCCCCACGCGCAUCCCGCACCCACCUCUCAGGCACACGGGGAUUGAGGGGGAAUUUGUGUCCGCAGGCAACAGGACCCCUCAGCAUUUCCAUGUACCCUCACCCUCACCCAGCCCUUCCCCUGGGGGUGGGGGUGUUGCUGCCAGGCAACAGCAGCAGCAUCCCUCCUCCUCGUUGCUAGGGUGUGAGGAUGAGGAGGAGCGCCGGGUACCACCACCACCACCUGGGAGGCAGAAGUCAGUGGUGACCUUCAGCUACGUGGAGAAGUCCAGCGUUCAGAAAAUCAAGAAGGGUGGCGUCGUAAAGGCGAGUGUAGGGGAUGAGUUUGGACUAAGGGUUUCUGAGGCUGACCAUGACGAACGCUCUACCCCACUAUACCUCCGCAAGCGGCCUAUGGAAGCCGGCCGAGACGGGUUCGGCCGCGGGGUUGGACUACUAGGACUAGAUCAGGAUGAUCUCUCCACCCCUCUCCACCUCCGUAAGCGCCUCAGCGACCCCGUCUGGUUUGGCAGCCCAGAUUCCUCCUGCAGCAACAGCCCCAAGCUGCGAAGCACCAGCAGCCCCUUCUACACACCCGCUCAUCUGAUUGGUGGUCGCCAGGCAACGUUCGACUCCCCCUCUCACAUGAUUGGUGGUCGCCAGGCAACGUUCGACUCCCCCUCUCACAUGAUUGGUGGUCGCCAGGCAACGUUCGACUCCCCCUCUCACAUCAUUGGUGGUCGCCAGGCAACGUUCGACUCCCCUUCUCGCUUGAUUGGUGGUCACCAGGCAACAGGCGCCUCCCCCGCACACCCAAUUGGUGGUUACCAGGCAACAGGCACAUCCUCCUCAGCAACAAACGUGCACACUCCCACCCGGCGCUCGACGCUGGACUCUGCCGUGGGCCGAGCUGCCACCCAGAGAGCCCUGGAGGACUUUGGUUCCCCGCUCCUACGGUGCCGCUUUGCCCACGAACAGGAGCGAGGGCUUCUGGGUGCCCAGGGGCGCCCAGCUUACGGGUACGGACACGGGCACCGCUAUGGCCAUGGGUAUGGAUUUGGAUCGCCCCAGCACGGGCACGCUCGGUGCCAGUCUUGGGCCGGGUCGCCGGUACCAGCCCAAAGUAGCCACCCUGGCUCAGCUCCAAGUCGUGGUGGUGGUGGUGUUCCUUCGGCGACUAGUGUCAAGGAGGAUGAUGCCACAGGUGGUGGUAAUAGAGUGCUGGACCAACUUGCCUCUCAGGGUGGACAGGUUCCUUUGGACCCGGUUCAGGUGGGUCAGAACCCAGGUCAGCAGCAUGCGGGUCCGGGUCCGAAUCCGACCCCGACCCGCGGAGCCCAUGGCAUCAGACCCAGUUCAUACACCAGCUCCAACCCUCCCCGUCCUGACACGAAGACCAACCAUGAGUACAGUAGACGACCACAUUCGGCAAGUGGAACCGGCUUCGGCCCCGCGACCCAGACAGCCACUACUACUACCACCACACCCUCCAGCAGCAGAGGCAUUGACGACCUCACCCAAUGUGGUGGUCACCGGUUCGGUGUGCCAACCUCAAACACUGGUGGCUACAGCAGUCCGGUUACCCGGAAAUCAGCGACGCCAAACCCCCCAAGUAGAGGCACUGAGAGCCCAGCUCAAUGUGGUCGCAGGUCGUCGUCUGGUAGCAGCCGUCCGAGCCCGGUUCUGUCCCCGUCCCCGGCCCACAGCCCCCAGGUGGCCCGGAAGCUGGCCGAGGAGGCCACCAAGGUGUCCGAGAUCUUCAACGAGGUCCGGAGCUCCGCGACGCCCCCACCACACAGACCAGCUGCAGCACACCACCCCCUCAACACGCUAAGUGGGCCGACUGAAUUUUGGGGUCCGGAAGAUCUGUGCGUGACAUCGGCUCACGUCAACAAGUACAACGUUGACGGUUGUUUGACCGAUGCGUUGGUGUUGCCCGGGCAACGACGCAACCCACCAAUGGCGAUGAACAUCCCUCUCACAGGCGGCGGAGUUGAGAUGGGGGUAGUAGAGCCAAAUUUGAUUGGUCGACAGCAUCAUCAUCAUCACCAGCCGAACAUCAAAACCCCGCCUUUCAUUCUCUCCUCAGCACAACAGGAGGGGCCUCAGCAACCCCCUCCACCAGCCAAUCACGUCAGCGGACAAGGGGGAAACAUGACUCAACGGGCCAAUGACAAGAGAGAACAGCGAAGGCGCGCACCUUCACUAGCCAAUCCCAUAAGAGGCCAGCGAGGGCACGCCUCCUCACCACAGUCCAAUGAGGUGCGAGGGCAGGCGGGGCUCACCUCAUCACCAGCCAAUGAUGUUACAGGGAAACAGGAAGGAGGACUAGCCCCACCCAACAACACGCUUUCCCCACCACAGCAAUAUCCAAUCUCACCAGCAGGGAGAGCUCCGGUGUCUCCCGCCAUCCCGUCCCGCCUCCUGCGCCCCGUACUGCCCAACGACGAGGGCUGGUCGCCGGUCAGGGACCCCGGGAGAAGACGCCUCAGUGACCUCCAGCUGCCCCAUAGCCCCACGUUGCACCACCGGCAGCCCCCGCAGUACAAGGGGGGCAGAGACUCCUGGUUCCCCUGCCCAGAACAGUGCACUGUCCUGGGCCACGAGAGUAGUGAUGGUGGGGGUCAAGACAAAGCAGUGGAGGUCGCGCGGCGGCUGUUUUUGAGUCAGGGAGUGCAGGAGACGCCCGUCAGCUGGACCUCACGAGAGGAAGAUUGGGGUAGUAUGACAUCCAGGAGGAAGAGAGCAGGAAGAGAGAGACAUGGAGAGGAGGAGGAAGAGAGGAGGAGGAGGAGGAGAAGUAGUCGAGACGAGGUUGAACCCCAUCAUCCCAUCUUGACCCAAACUCAAACAGACUCACAGACUCAGAAUCAGGACACGGUACCGUUGAGCCCAAAGCAGGUUCGGCGGCAGAAGCAGGCAGAACAGAGGAGGAGGGAAGCCUUGCUAUUGGGACCAGUGGCUCUGGACCUGCAUAGAGGUCAUGAAGAGGAUGAUGACGAAGAUGAUGAUGACGAUGAUGGAGGUCGAGGAGGAGGUGGUGGCCCGUUGCUAAGGGUGGACGGUGACAUGGUGGUGGAGAGUGGCAGCGGAGGGCCCCCGGGGGGCUCUGGGUCGUCACGGAGCUCCAGUGGGGUCACGGGGAGCAUCGGGGACAGGGACUGCGUGUCACCCGGGUCCAGUCACUCCAGCCAGCAGAGCAGCACGGAGACCGGACACGGCACCUCAGGAAUACAGUCGGACAGCAGUUCGGUGCUGGCCGGUCCGUCGUUGCACUGCCAGAAGAUGGCCCGGGCCAAGUGGGAGUUCCUGUUCGGAGGCCCAGUGGAGGACAGAGGGGGCAAGAUUCCAGGCACAGCACCCCCUAGUGGCACCUCCAGCGAGUCCCCCACCCUGACCCCUCCCCCCACCUUCCUGGAACUGGUCACCAUGACGGCAGCCAAUCACGAGGUGCAGCAGGUGGAGCUGGAGCUGGUCACCACGCCGCCUGAUGCUGUCGCCCCGACAACCGGCUGCUACUCCUCCUACUUCGCGCCCUCCCCGAAGACGUGCGUCAUCCGUCGGACACUGAGGUACUCGGAGACGGACCUGGACGCCGUUCCGCUACGGUGCUACCGUGAGACGGACAUCGACGAGGUGCUACGCGCCGCCGCGGCUAACGAGAUGGAUGACGCGGACUCUGCCUUUGGGAGCAAUCGGAGCGUCUUUGGAGCUGGAAGCAGCCCGUUGGGGAUGAUGACGAUGUUUGGGGAGGGGCAGGGGGGCGACGGGGAGGAAGACGAAGAUGAGGAUGAUGAUGAGAGUGAUGAGGAGGAUGAAGAUGAGGAUGAGCAGGAGGUGGCCAGCUGGGUUAGCGUGAGGAUGCUGGGAGAUGCCAGGAGACAGCUGGCCAAUCAGAAACAAGAGGAGAUGUUCAGCGUGGUGCUUAGGAGACCUCUAGAGAGCUUCUUUGAGUACCCACCGGUGAUGAAGUCGCCCCUCCUCAUCAGCUCCCACCCCCACCGCCGUUGCUCGGGCAACGACAUGGACACCUUCAGCCGCCAUUUUGAGGCCAUCAUGGAGUCCGGCCGCGCCAAGGGCACCUCCUACAGCAGCAUCGACAGCCUGGACCUCUGGACCUCCAGCACACAGACCGUCUUCACCUUCGACCUCCCGACCUUGACCCCCAAGAUCCAAGGUCAGUUUGUGAAAUAUACAGUGAUGCAUGUGUGUUGCUUAGUAUGCUGUCAGCCUGGACGUCUGGACCUCCAGCACACAGACCGUCUUCACCUUCGACCUUCCGACCUUGACCCCCAAGAUCCAAGGUCAGGUGUACCAGAGCGCCCGGCAGAUCGUCCAGCUCAGCUUCGCUCCGUUGGCCCACUGCGAGCUGCCCAGUCGAUCGGAUUCGGCGUUGACGGUGACGGGGGGCAGCUCGGACGCCACGCGGGCUCCGUCCAGCGAGAGGCUGAGCAGUGGCUCAGACGAUACGCUGAGAAGCGGCAUCGCCAAGGGCCCGUCCAAAUACAUCGAGAAUCAAAGGCAGAAAUGCCACAGCAGGAAGUAUAUAAAAGAAAGAUGGAAGAAAUGCGGAGAGAGCUUGCUUUGACGAGGGGAGACAUCAAGAUCAUGAGAACGGAGGCUGAGCACAAAAUGGAUGCUCAAUGGCAGCUCAUGGAGCAAGCGAUGGGACUGUGGAAGGAGCUGGAGGGAAGGAGAGCAGAGGCCCAACAAAAAGAGGUACAGCUCAAACAGACCCUGACAAAAGACAAGAAGAAGUCCCUAUUGGAUAAAGCCCGGGCCCUGAGAAAGCAGCAAGAGGAAGAAAGGGAAGUGCAAGAGAAGAAAAUGAUAAAUCUGGAGGAAAGGCUGGUCACUAUGGAGCAGGAGAAGAGUGAGGCACCCGUAACCAACAUCCUUGGUGAAGCCCAGCUCCAAAGGAGAAAGGCUUUAAUAAAGAAAGCCAGGGCCCUGAGGGAAAAGCAGGAGCGAGAGAGAGAAGCGCAACAGCACAAGAUUACCAACCUGGAGGCAAGGCUCGCAGCUCUGGAGCUACAAAAGAUUGAUGAGAACAGCCAGAUGACGGGAGAGAAAGCUCAGGAUAAGAUCUCGAAAGUCCUCCUUGAAACCGAAUUGAUUGGAAAGAGCAAAGGAAGCCGCAAAGGACCCGUUGUAGCAAAGGCAGACCACGUGGUCAUCGAUAUAGAGGGAGGCGUUGGCGCAAAGGCAGACCACGUGGUGAUUGAUAUAGAGGGAGCCAGUGACGGCCAGGCUGAAAACUCUCAGAGGCAAAAGCUAACAUCUACGCUGAGGUGGAUCUCCAAGAUGCGAUGCAGCAGAGUCACCACCACGGGUGCCACUCCUGCAGCAUCCUACCUCGCCCAUGUUUGCAGAACCAACGGGACAUGUGAGGAGGCAGCAACAGCUGGCGUUGAGAAGGUGGUCAGAGAGCUCACUAUCCUCAUUCAUGGUGCGGCUCAGAGACUCCAUCUUCAGAGGCAGAAGGAGGAGGUCUCACUCAGGACUAUUCAUAAGAAACAGAGGCCUGUGUCAGAGAGAUCAGUCUCCUCCACGGUUUCCCCUGCUCAUCAGCCCCGGAAGCAGUUCCGUAUGGAGCAGUCGCCAGAGUUCACAUCGCCAGAGCUUCGCCUCUCCAGCCACUCCUACCCAGUGGGAGGCACCAGGAGACCUACCCUCAAGUCAGAAGUUGUGCAGUGCAUCAGCACCACCAGUGGCAGGAAGGAGCCACAGCGCACACCUGUCAGAGCCCGUCAUGGGGAGGCCACCAUCAGGAGUCCGUCCCCGAGUGUCCUCCCCAGGUCAUCAGUUCCACACAGCCGUGUGAAGGAGCAACAGCAGCAGCUACACCAGCAUCAUCAGGCACACCCCCUGGCUCGUCUUCACAUGACACACCUGUUGAGCCAGCUCAGGACAGGAGGGGAGGAAAAGAGCAAGAGAGAAAUGAGAGAAAAAGAGAGGAUGAAACAGAGGAUGGAGGUGGAGAGAGGCAAGCAGCAGCAGAAGGCGGUCGUGGCGAGGGCCGAGACGAAACGGGAAAGGCUGAUGGCGCUGGAGAAAGAGAGGGAGAAGCUGAGACGGAGGGCCGAGGAGAGGGUGAGGGAGAUGGAGAGCCAGAGGGCGAGGGAGAUGGAGAGCGAGAGGGCGAGGGAGGAACGAGCGAGAGAGACCGAGAGAGCAAAGGAGAGGCUGAGAGGCAUGGUGGAGAGGGAGAGAGAGAGGGAGCGGAUGAGAGAGGUGGUCGAGAUGAGGAGAGAGCGGGAGAGAGUUUACAUAGAGAGGGAACGGCUGAGGCAGAGGGUGAGGGGGGAGAGAGACCAGCAGAGGUUCAUGCCCACAGGUCAAGGUCAACGACAAGGUCAAUACCAAGGUCAUGAAGGUCAAAGGUCACUGGUACCCCAGAGGAGGGGUCACCCCACAGAUAGGGCGGCUUCUAUGAGGAGGGAGGGGCGUCAGGGGCCACCAGGGACUGUCAGGGUUGCUCGGGCACGCACAGUGACCUGUUGGCACGGCGACCACAAGGCUCCGAGUGACAGGUACAGGUACAGCCCCGCCCCUCAGCCGAACCGCAGCAGGGAUAAGGCCGCCCAUCAUCACGCCAAUGGCACCAAUCAGGAGCAGGGCAGCAGCGACACGCUGACCAAUGGGAAUCGAGCAGACCUGGAGGCCGCCAGGCGAUUGGCCAAGAGGCUGUUCAAGCGAGACGGCUUCAGGAAGUCGGAUGUGGCGCGCCACCUGAGCAAAAACAAUGACUUCAGCCGGAUGGUAGCAGAGGAGUAUGUGCGCCACUUCAACUUCGCUGGCCUGACCCUGGACCAAGCUCUUCGGAUGUUCCUGCAGGAGUUUGCCCUGAUGGGUGAGACGCAGGAGAGGGAGCGAGUUCUGGCCCACUUCUCACGCAGAUACCUGCACUGCAACCCCAGACUCAACCAGACCGAAGACAGUGUCCAUACGUUGACCUGUGCCCUGAUGCUACUCAACUCAGACCUGCACGGCAAUAACAUGGGGAAGAGGAUGUCCUGUACGCAGUUCAUCAGCAACCUGGAGGGGCUCAACGAGGGGCGAGACUACCCCAAGGACAUGCUCAAGCGUCUCUACAGUGCCAUCAAGUCUGAGAAGCUCCAGUGGACCAUAGAUGAGGAGGAGCUGAGGAAGUCGUUCUCGGAGCUGGGGGAGUGCCGUGGGGACGCGUCGUCGCGUGGGGACGGGCCGUCCUCCGGGGCGCUCCUCUACAAGCACAGCUUCCUGAUACGCAAGGUCCACGCAGACUGCGACGGCAAGAGGACGCCCCGGGGCAAGAGAGGGUGGAAGACGUUCUACGCGGUUCUAAAGGGCCUCAUCCUCUACCUGCAGAAGGGUGAGUACCGUCCGGAUAAGCAUCUGUCGGACGACGACCUGAAGAACGCGGUGUCCAUCCACCACGCCCUGGCCAUCGAGGCCACUGACUACAGCAAGAGGCCCAACGUCUUCUACCUGCGCACCGCAGACUGGCGGGUCUACCUGUUCCAGGCACCCAAUGCUGAGCAGAUGCAGUCGUGGAUCACCCGCAUCAACACUGUGGCAGCCAUGUUCUCUGCUCCGCCCCUCCCUGCCGCCAUUGGCUCCCAGAAGAAGUUCAGCCGACCCCUUCUGCCACACUCCGCCUCUAAGCUCACACAGGAGGAGCAGGUCCACGAACAUGAGUCUCAGCUACGGGGCAUCUCCACACAGCUUGUCGAGCUGCGCUCCUAUCCUCCCGACCGAAAGGUCAAAGGUCGCGAGCUGGACGAGUACAGGCAGCGGGAGGAGUACCUCGAGUUUGAGAAAACGCGCUACGGCACCUACAUGAUGCUACUGCGUGCUAAGCUCCGCAUCGCCAGUGCGGCCGGCAGCAGCGGUGGAGGUGGCGAUGGCAUAAUCGCCAGUGGCGACGAAGACCUCUCUCUGUUAGAGGCCCAUCUCCUGGAGGAAGGGGGGCUGCACCUUGCCAUCUCCAGUCCCACCCUGGAGGACCUCAGCAUGGCCAGCAGCAUCCGCGACCCCCCCAGCAAGGCCAGCGCCGUCACCACCACCACCAUGACCGUCCUGGAGCCCGCCGCUGAGAUGGCGGGGGCUACCGGCGGCUCCAGCAACACUACCACCGCUACCACUACUGCAGCCACGGUCAACACAGCGGGCGCCACUAACAACACCACCACGGCGUCUAACGCUGGAGCGGGCAUGGCUAACGCCACGGCAACGAGCAGCGGUACCUCUGUUGCCACGGGCAACAACAACAGCAGCGGCGGCAACCACCACCACCACAACAAGCGUGGGGGCGCUAGCGGGGGCACUACUAGCGGGGGAGCUAACGAGGGCGGCCAGAGACACAGCUACCGGCAGGCUGUCAAGAAGUGAGCCGGUCGCCGAGGGGCGGGGCGAGGGGCGGGGCUGUACCCAGGGAACCAGGAAGUGGCUGUGUCUUUGUUCGUACGGUACACACAUAUGGCUCCUCCCCCUUUCCUCUGCUGGCUAAUUAUUUAUUCACGAGGUUGAAGUGAGUUGGUCGACCAGAGGGCGGGGCAGGGGGAGGGGGAAUUAAUGGGGGGCGUGGCUACACC